ACUGCCUACAUCAUCUUUCUAUAAACAACCCCAAAGAAACGACGACGAGAGGUGGAGCUGCUGACAACUGUCAAAAGACCAAAGAGCCGAGCCCUUCCGUCCUCAAAGCAUCUUGUCGUAGCGCGUUAGAAUCCGUUAUAAGCCACGUGAUUGAAGUGAGUAUCUCGUAUCUCGUGAGUUUAACGACGUCUCUGUCGCUAUUCCGUUAUUGCGGAGCCGUUUCGGAUGAGCGGUUCGCACUUUAGCAGGUUUUGACAGACUGCAAGUCUUCCUGGAGACCCACGGAGAAGAGAUGUCGAGGAGAAGCACGAGGUUAGUGACCAAAGAGCCGUCCAUCCCUGAUGAUGACGCUGCCAGCACGAGCUCCACCGGAUCCACUAGCCUCAUCUCUUACAAAGAGAGCCCAAACAGGAUCUUCAAGAAGAGGAGUGGUCGCAAGAGCACAGGAAAUGUUUCACGCAAUUCAAGUCGCGCGAGCAGUGUGAGUCAAAUACUGACUGGACAGCACACUGAGAACGAGAAGGGCAUGUCCCUUGCUACUCAGGGAUUCUCCUCUGGGUAUUCCUCUGCUGAGGAGCAUUAUGAACAAUCCAUAAAAUCAAACCCUAGUUCUGCCCAGUCUGUAUCUGAACCACCGUUCGUCAUUUGGGACGUGUUUCAUUCUCCAGCUCAGGCUCUGGUCAUGUUCUACUGGUGGCUGGGAAGUUCAUGGUACAGCCUGACCUCUCGACUGUCUCUGAUCAAUGUGUUUCUGCUCAGCAGAUGCACAUCAGAUAUGAGAAAGACCGCUGUUCUGCUCCUCCUUCUCAUCUUUCUCAUUUUUGGAAUAUGGUACUGGUUCCCGUUUGCUUCUCGUUCUCCUCCUCGUGAAGUUGUUACAAAGACUCCGUCUGUUAAACACACAGAUAGACCUGUGAAAGAAACUUUUGAUCAUCUCCAACAUGCGAGCUUGUCUAACUUGAAGGAAGAGAUCGUCAGCUUGCAUGAAAGAGAGGCGAGCCUGAUGAAAGACAUCGAACUGCUGAAGAUGGAGAGCAUGAGACAGAAGGUCAAAUCUGAGAUGAUUCAAACUGAUCUGAAGUCUAUGAAUGAUCAGAUGAGGAAGUCAGAGUCUGAACACGAGCAGCAGGUUUCUGAUCUGAAGUCCAGCAUCUCAAACCUGCAGUCGACCCAAGACCUCCUCAAGGAAAGAGUUGAUGCACAAGACUCUCUCAACACUAACCUGAGAGCAGAGCUAUCCGAUUGGCUGAUAAAACUCCUGAAAGAUCCAGGCUCAUUGGAAUCGACCAUCGUGCUCCGUCCUGAGCUGCAGAGGGCGCUGGAGGAUGUGGAGAAACGGAUACUGGACAGACUAGUGCAGGAGAAAGAGAGCAGGAGAGACGCCUGGAGGACCGUGGGAGAGACGCUGCAACAGGAAGGAGCCGGAGCUGUCACUAUACAAGAUGUGAAAGAAAUGGUCCACAGGGCAAUUAGUCUGUACAGGGCAGAUGGGAUUGGAUUGGCCGACUAUGCCUUGGAAUCUUCUGGUGCCAGUGUGCUCAACACCCGGUGCUCAGAGACGUAUAAGACCAGAUCUGCGUGUCUGAGUUUAUUCGGCAUUCCUCUGUGGUAUCAUUCAGAAAGCCCUCGGGUUGUUAUACAGCCCGAGCUGUAUCCCGGGAAGUGCUGGGCAUUCCGAGGCUCCCAGGGUUUCCUGGUAAUCGCGCUGUCUUACCCAGUAAGAAUCACUCAUGUGACACUCGAACACCUUCCCAAAGAGCUCUCACCGACGGCCCGCAUUGACAGCGCCCCCAAGGAUUUUGCUGUCUAUGGUAUGUCUGAUGAGACUGAAGAUGGAAAGCUGCUUGGGACAUUCAUGUAUGACCAGGAUGGAGAGCCCAUUCAGACUUUCAAGCUUGCGGAAGCGUCAGAGAUCUAUAGCAUGACAGAGCUGAGGAUCUUGAGUAACUGGGGUCACCUGGAGUACACCUGUGUGUAUCGCUUCAGAGUUCACGGAGAACCUUCAUUCGUCUGACAGGAAGAAGAUCUGAAAUCAUUCUUCAGCUUUGAUUUACUCUAUGCAAAAAAAAAAAAAAAAUGUAAAGCUCAAAUGCACUGGACUCAUCUACAGAUACCAAAAAACACACAUAAACGUUCGACUGAUAUCAGAAUUGAUAUCCGAUUUUUUACACUCUCAAAAAAUAUUCCACUUUUGCAUUCCUCAAACAUUGAUUUUCAAGUGCUGAUAGGAACGUUUUGAUGAAAAGGUGUACAUUUUUAGUUGUUUAUACAGUUUUGAAUUAAAUUUUUGGAUUUUUUUUUUUCAUAUGAAGGACAGGCUUAUAUUGAUGUCAUGCUUAGCUGGAAUUAACAUAACACAGCAUUUGUGUUGUAUUUGUUUAUCCUCAGUAUGUGUUUUGCAACGAAACGUGUUUAUUCACGUCAUCAUUGAACCAUAUACCUCUUAAGAAGCUUCUAAUAUUAUAUUGUUUAGGUAUGUCCUUGUUAGGUAUGAGCAGCAGCUCUGAUUGUACUCUGAGAUGUUAUUAUUUUCCGCCCCAGCUCAUGAGUAUAAAUGGGUACUAGAUGGUGUACGUCUCCUCUGCGGGACGGGGGAGGGCUGGAGUCAAACUCAGGUUUUGGGUUUUCAAACCAAAGUGCUCUUGAAUGUCCCAGAUUAUAUACAGUAGUUCUGUUGUCCUCUAUUUGUAUAUGUAUAUAUGUGCUCGAUGCAGUUUUUCAAAUGCACACUUAAAAGGUAUAAAUAUUUUCAUUGUCUUAUUUGAUUUAUUUUGGCAUCCUUUCUUGUCAAGCUUUGUAGAGCUUCAAUGUUAAUUUGGCAAGUUUACAAGAAGUUUCUGUCACAUGAUUGAUAUUGUUUUGUAAGAAAUAAUAAAAUAAAUUUGAAAUGGUACAUAA